AAUUGUCCAACUGUCACUGUCAACUCCAAUGCACCUGUCAUUUACACAACAAAUUCAAACGCAAUAGUUUCUUGAAAUGCACCCAAAAUAACUCAAAAAUGAGUUCAAUAUUAAAAUUUAUUCGUGAUAAUCACAUAUUGGCCAUAAUAGAAUCAGCAGUAGUGAAAAAAAAGUCAAGACUGAGCCUCAACGCGUUCGAUAUCACAGAAAUUCCCAGCCUUUUGUAUACCUGUUACGAAGUCGAGCAUCUUUACCUACAUAGAAACAAAAUAACAACAAUAUCAGUGGAAUUAACACAGUUAUUAAAUUUGACGACGCUGACCCUUGAUUAUAACAACAUAAGUUCCUUGCCACCGGAGAUAGGGAGCUUGAAAAACCUAGUGAACUUGAAUUUGAGUUACAAUCCUUUACAAGUGUUGAUACCCGAGAUUGGUGAACUGGAGAACCUUGAGGCGUUCUGGUGCAACAGGAUAGGGCUCCGGGAGAUACCAAAGGAGAUCGGGAACCUUAGUAAGUUAGAUACAUUUGGGGCGCGAGGAAAUCUACUCAAAACUAUACCGGAGGAAAUGACCAAACUGUCAAAAUUGAGAUGGCUAACCCUAGAGCACAAUGAGAUUGAGACCCUACCGAACACCCUCGGAGGCCUAGAAGCCCUGGUACACUGUAAUCUGCGGCACAACAACCUCAGGGAAUUCCCGAUGUCCGUGCUGCAGUGCGGUGAUCUCAUGUUUCUACAGCUUAAUAAUAACCAGAUAUCCAGCUUACCUGAGGACUUCGACAUAAAUUCCCUGCAAGUGUUAGAAAUGAUAGACAUGAGGGACAACCCCAUCUGUGAGCUUGAUCAUCCAAAACACAUGCUCAUCCGCUACGCGGACGUGUCAACGCCGAGCUCGCUGAGCGAGAUAGCGUCAGCGUCGGGGUCGGGGCGGCACGCGGCCGCGCUGGCCGUCAACGCCACCGCGCUGCGCCUGCCCGCCGUGCCCGGCCCCAGGCGGCUCGACAACCACGCCUUCAUGGCCGAAAUGGACCUGGACGCAUCCUCGGUAGACUCCUCUGAGGACUGGGAGAACAGCGUGAACAGCUCCGAGCUGGACGUGCAGUACCAGAGCGACGAGGAGCGCGCCGAUAAUGAGAUCGCUCAAUUCUUCCAGGCCGUCGGCAUGGUGUUGCCAGAGCUGUCCCGCUACGCCUCCACCGCCAGUUAAGCUGGCAACACUGGGAGGAUAAUUAUGAUUAGGGCGUGAUUUGGCCAGAGCUGUUCCACUACUUCACCGCUAGUUAAGCAGGGAAAACUACGAGGGAAAUGGUGAUUAUAUCAAUAAUUUUUUUAG